AUGGCGCACCUCGACGUCCUGGGCCGGGGCCUCGUGCUCCUGGGCCACGCGCGCUUCGCCGUCGCCGUCGCCGUGCCGGCGAUCUGCACGGCGCGCGUCGCCCUGAGCGACCGCGACGACGGCGCGACGCGCGACGCGCGCGCCGCGUGGCUCCGGUACUGGUGCGUGUCGUCGCUGCUCGCCGUCGCCGAGGCGUCGUUCCCCGGGCGCGUCGCGUACUGGUGCCUCGCUAGGAGCGGGGGCCGGGGCCGCGCGCUCUUCCUGGCCCUGCUGCGCCUGGGGCUCGCGGAGCGCCUCGCGAGCUCGAAGGCCUGCGACCACCUCUACGCGUACCUCGAGCGCGCGCUCCUCGAGCGCGAGCGGCUCAUCCGCUUCCACCUGGACCGCGCGUCGGCCCACGCGUCGGCGCGGUGCCAGACCCUUGCCGUCGCGGGCGCGCGGGUCGCCGCGCUGGCCGUCAAGGAGUACGGCUACGAGGCCUGGCGCCUCGCGUUGGUCUACGCGACCGCGCAGUCGGCCGCCGAGGAGCUCUACGCGCGCGCCGCGGACGCGCUGGCGUCCCCGAAGGCGGCGCGGAAAACGGCCGAGGUCGAGCUCGUCGUCCUCCCCGAGGGCGCGAACCCGGAGUCCGCCGUCGUCGGGCGGCUCGCGGACGGCUUCGCGGGCGACGACGACGCCGCCGUGCCGCCCGUCGAGGCCGUGCCCCUCGUCGAGGCCAAGGGCAAGGCCGACGGCGCGCCGCCGCCGCCGCCGCGGCCCGACUCGCCGGGCUUCUCCGACGACGGCGCGGCGUCGACGCCCGCGUCGCCGGCCAAGGUCGCCACCGCGACGCCCCUCGCGGACGUGUGCACGGCGUGGCGCGCGCGCGGCGAGUCCCAGGACGGCGAGUAA